AUGGUUGGAUACGGCUGCAAAGCCUUUGCCCUGACACCGGAAUAUUUGAAGAAGAAGUAUCACAUCCACCAACUUAAUCCAAAGGCAUUUCUCGGAUGUCUGGUCGGAUACGAUUCAACGAACGUGUUCCUAAUAUUUAAGGUACAAACCAACAAGGAUAUUCUAUCGAGAAACGUGACGUUUGACGAGGACGAGGUUUUUGACAGAAAUAUUGAGACCUUGAGAAACAACCUGCUGCCCGUUAGCCAGGAGGAACUCUUGAAGCUUUUGAAUCAAUUUAACCAAACCCACACGCGUUCUGAAGAUAUUCAGGAAGUGCCUGAGGUUCAGUUUCAAAAUACCUUCGAGAACCACGUUGGCUCGUGUUUUUUUGAAUUGGAUGAUUAG